GAGUUCUCAGGCUGUUUCAAUGGAAGGAGGGAGCCACGAAGGAGGCCUGGCAUAAGUGCAGAGAUGAUAAUCACAACAUGGAUUGUGUACAUCCUCGCUCGGAAAGGUGCCGGGCUCCCCUUCCCACCCAAAGUCAGCUCGGACGUGGAAGUCGUGGAGAGCGAGGCUGUGUCUGUAGUAGAGCACUGGUUGAAAAAGACUGAAGAAGAGGCUUCCCAGGACAUAAAGGAGAAGAUGUCCACCAACUUCCCUCCCAUGCAAGGCCAAGAUGUACAUGUGACCAGAGAUGUGGUGAAGCACCACCUCUCAAAGUCUGGUUUGUUAGCAAACCAGAGUCAAGAGGUCCUGGAGGAGAGAACAAGAAUCCAGUUCAUAAGAUGGAGCCAUACCCGUAUCUUCCAAGUGCCAAGCGAGGCAAGAAACGAAGCCAUGAGAGAUCGGAUAGAGCAGGUGAGACGAAGCAUAUGCCAUCUUUCAGAUGAGAUCUCUCAGGAGCUUCACAACAGAAAUUCCUACUCCGAUUGCUGAGAGCAGCAGAUGUCCUUCAGGAUCAAGGAGCAGCCUGUGUUGCAAGGAUGUCCACCCACCUUGACCUGAGGAGCAACCACACCUGGGCAAUGACGAUCCAGCGGGUGAGCCCUGCCUCAUGAUAGUGGCAGCACUGGAAUCUUCUUGCUGAACUGCUGAUAAAAAGACGUGCUAUUUAACCA